GCGUCAUUUCCUGUGAAGGGACGCGUUGGAGAGCCAGUUCAGUCGAUCCCCUCCGACAGCUGAAGGCUACACGACAUACGCGAGCUCCGUGGUGCUUUACUUUGUUCCUUUACGCACCGACGCGACGAAUAACUUUACAACCUGUUUGAUUUCUGUCUGUGGAAUACAUCCAGCGCACUUUCCAAGAGACUAAAGCCCGUUUCAACUUUCUGAUUUGAGCGUGCCAGAUGGAAGCAACUUUGCAUUUUAGUUUGGGUGUCAUAUGUUACAAAUACUGGACGAGUGGAUUACUGAAUGCGUAACCGGUGCUCUACUUUAAAAAACUAAUCAGCGGGAACGCGUCCGUGUGAUUAUGGUGGUUGUAAAGCUUUGGAUUUCUGGGCAGAAAUCCUGAAGUGCCUCAUAAGGGAUUCACUGUUGACGGCAGAGACAUUGGAGAAGACGCGCUGGCCACUUGACCCUUUUUUCGUGAGCACGAGACGCACCGGAGCGCGCCGCUUUCUGACGCCGUUAUUGGGAAGGCAUUACAGGUCCUCUGUGACCCGUUUGGCGUGAGAUUAAGCAUGACAGCGAGCAUCGAGGCAUCGCAGUGCCAUGCGGCGCUCCGCAGACUCCUGUAGACUCGGUCCCGGUGGUACUGCAAUGCUCGCCGGGCCCCUCCACUUCCGCGUACUGGCUCUGUGAUCCAGGCAAAGGGCGCGAGGAUGAGCACAGACCUGGAGCGCCUGUCGCUGAACUCUUCCUCGGGGAACUCCGUGGCUUCCAGCGCGCGUUCCCUUUCCGCCAACGUCAAAAAGCUUCACAACGCGCUCAACCUGCUGCUCAGCGACCUCGAGAGAGAGCAGUUCAUCCACUGUCUCAACGUGUACCACUCCAAGCGCAAUGUCUACGACCUGGUCCAGACGCUUAAAGUCAUACUGAACGUCCCGAGCAAGCGUCAGCUCCUGCCCAUGCUGCGGCUGGUCAUCCCGCGCUCGGAUCAGCUUCUGUUUGAUCAGUACACAUCCGAGGGGCUAUACUUGAAAUCCGAAAUCCAUGCGCGCAACGGAGACCCGGACGGUGCCCAGGAGGGUGCUAACUCGAGUCCAACACAUGGGGCUAAUUUCCCGGCGUCUCAAGUCGCUCUACGCGGGUCUCCUGACAGCAUCAGCACCAGCAGCGACGGGACAGCGACUCUUAUUCCUUUACUGGGGAGGAAUUUCUUACCGGAGCCCCCUGGAGAGAUCCGACAGGUGAUCCUCAAGCGUCACAAGAGCAAUGAAGGUUUGGGAUUUAGCAUCCGCGGAGGAUCAGAGCAUGGAGUUGGAAUCUAUGUUUCACUGGUGGAACCUGGAUCACUGGCUGAAAAGGAGGGUUUGAGAAUGGGAGACCAAAUAAUGAAAGUUAACGACAAAGUGUUUGACCGGGUCACGCACGCGGAUGCAGUAAAGGUGCUGAAAGGCAGCAAAAAGCUCUGCAUGUCGGUGCGUUCUGUGGGCAGGAUACCAGGCGGUUAUAUCACCAAUCACGUCUACACCUGGGUGGAUCCUCAGGGGCGCAGUGUGUCUCCUCCACCCGACCUGCUGGCGGAGCAUCGCAGUGCCACCCUGCGCAGGUCCAACAGUCAGGGCCGCAGUCACAUGCAGCUACUGCAGGAUGGAGAUGAGAAGAAGGUAAAUCUGGUGCUGGACGACGGCCGCUCUCUGGGUCUGAUGAUCCGCGGAGGAGCUGAAUACUCUCUGGGUAUCUACAUUACAGGUGUGGACAGAGGCUCUGCAGCGGAGUGUGGAGGGAUUAAGGUGGGAGAUCAGAUCCUGGAGGUGAACGGACGGAGUUUCCUCAGCAUCCCGCAUGAUGAAGCGGUCCGAGUGCUGAAGUCUUCACACCACCUCAUGAUGACGGUGAAGGACGUGGGACGGCUGCCGCACACCAGAACUGUAGUGGGAGAAACUAAGUGGAUCGCCAGUUCACAGAUUUCUGACAGCUCGGCCAGCAGCAGCGUCACUGGUAUCUCUCUGGACCAGGGAGCAUCAACAUCAGCAAAGGGGGGCUUUUAUAAAGGUGUAGCGGGAUCUCAGGUGACUCUGUCCAGUUUGGUGAACCAGAGCAGGGCCAUGCUGGAGGAACAGGCCAGACAUCUUCUGACCGAACCGGAGAGGCAGACCAUGGGUUACUACAUCCAGGAAUAUCGGGACGGGCACGUCGGUGUUGAGCAGCUCGUCAUGGCUCUCUUUGAGCUCUUCAAUACACACGCCAAGUUUUCUCUGCUGUCCGAGGUCAGGGGAAUCGUGACCCCUCAGGAUGUGGAGAAAUUUGACGGUCUGGUCCUGAGACGAGAGAUUGAUGCCCUGAAGGCGAGACAGGGUGGGGGAGCAGGUUUCCAAGACUCCUUCUCCAUGGUCUCGUAUCCAGACACUUUGGCCUCCUCCUCCGCCAGCUUCAUGACCAACACUACCCUCAGCUCCGCAAGGAACGACGGUGUGGCGGAGAAUAACGGGGAACAGGGGUCUCUGGAGCACAGCAAUGCCCUGCCAGACAUCUCUCUGGAUGAGGUUCAUUCCACCUCAGAUUCUCCUCCUUCCUUUAAACCUCCUCCUCCCCCAGGGCUCCAGCGGCGUCCCAGUCGAAAAGCCACGCUUAGCAAACGUCCCUCUUCCAGCUCUUCCCAAUCAGGCCUGUACUUCACCGCUCCUUCUCGUUCCCACACCAGAGAGUCCAAACACCCUAAAGCACCCAAAGCUUUCAUGUCUCCUCCUGGCACCCUCAAAAUAGACGUCCCGGCAUCUCAGCUCUCAGUCGUGAGUCAGCAUCCAAUCGGACCUUUCCCAAGAGUUCAGUCUCCUAAUAAAGCGAAGCCUGCUCAGUCCUCAUCUCCAAUUCCUCCACCUGCACCGAAUGUACCCGCUCCGCCCGGUCCGCCUCCUCCUCCGCCUCCACCUUUGCCUCCACCCUCUUGCCCGGAUAAACCCACCCCUUCCUCCCCAGCGUCCAAUCAGCAUUUUGUGAUGGUGGAGGUGCACAGGCCCAACGCAGAGCCCGAUGUGAACGAGGUCCGGCCGCUGCCACAGGUUCGAGGAGGAACGUUAUCACAGCUCUCAGACAGUGGCCAGACACUCAGCGAGGACAGUGGUGUGGACAUACCUGAAUCAGGACGUCUCAGUAAGGAUACUAGCCCACGUCCCGCUCGCACCAGAGCCCCUCGGGAUGGGCAUGGAGGAGGAGAAACGUCUGCCAAACCGCCAGGUCUGUUGGAGCCGAUGUCCACUUUAGUGAGAGUGGCCAAAAGCGCCAGUACACUGGGCAUCGCGAUAGAAGGCGGGGCAAACACACGUCAGCCCCUCCCACGCAUCGUUACUAUUCAGAGAGGCGGUUCAGCUCACAACUGUGGACAGCUAAAGGUGGGUCAGGUAAUCCUAGAGGUGAAUGGAGUGUCCCUCAGAGGAAAGGAGCAUCGGGAAGCGGCACGUCUCAUCGCCGAGGCCUUUAAAACCAAAGAGAAGGACUACAUUGACUUCUUGAUCACAGAGUUCAAUGUGGCUCUGUAGGACCCCGUGAUUAAAGAGCAUUGGGAUGGAUCCGCAACACGUCUUGCCAUGAUUAACCUCCCAGAAUCUUGAUCCAUGGCGCACUUCGUCUCAUCCUCCUCUGUGAUGUUUUGAAACCAGUCGCUGUUUGAAAGGCCAUCCCGUGUGGAUCAACCCCAUCUUGACCUUUUAGAUGGCAAAUGCCAGGAUAGAGCAGUUGAGUCUGUUCUGGAAGAUUGGGCCAUCUUUUCAGUUGGCUUAUUCUAUGUGAGAUCCUAUAAUGAAAUUUGGUCACCUGACCCCAAGAGACUCUUUAUCAAGCUCGGAUCUGUGUAUUGUUUUUGAUGCACAAUACUGUUAUCCUGGUGUGAGAGUUUGCGUGAACGUCAUGGAAAUCAUCAUUGUUUUUCUUUUUUAAUUCAUAGCUAUUUUAUAAGAAAUUGAUCAAAUGUGUUUAAAUAUAUAUAUAUUAAAACGUUUAAGAGGUGGAUACAACCACUGAUUCCAGUAAACAGUGACAAACUGACCCAUAGAGACCUGAACUAAAGUGCUUCAGUAAGCAGAACUGCUACAACA